CUUUUACCAAGGACCCGCCAACAUGGGCCGCGUUCGCACCAAAACCGUGAAGAAGGCGGCCCGGGUCAUCAUAGAAAAGUACUACACGCGCCUGGGCAACGACUUCCACACGAACAAGCGCGUGUGCGAGGAGAUCGUCAUUAUCCCCAGCAAAAAGCUCCGCAACAAGAUAGCAGGCUAUGUCACGCAUCUGAUGAAGCGAAUUCAGAGAGGCCCAGUAAGAGGUAUCUCCAUCAAGCUGCAGGAGGAGGAGAGAGAAAGGAGAGACAAUUAUGUUCCUGAGGUCUCAGCCUUGGAUCAGGAGAUAAUUGAAGUAGAUCCUGACACUAAGGAAAUGCUGAAGCUUUUGGACUUCGGCAGUCUGUCCAACCUUCAGGUCACUCAGCCUACAGUUGGGAUGAAUUUCAAAACGCCUUGGGGACCUGUUUGAAUUUUUUCUGUAGUGCUGUAUUAUUUUCAAUAAAUCUGGCACAACAGCAAAAAAAAAAAAAAAAAAAAAAAAAAGAAA